AUGGAUAUGAAAUUGGGGGUAAUUUUGUCAAUUGGAAUAAUAUAUCUUUCUUGUUCUAUAACUAGUGACGGAGUGGAGGGGGACUCUAUUCCAAAAAGUAACCUUUUCAAUGCUACUACUACAACAAGAAAAACAACAUUUUCCAAAAAGCAAGGUGUCAAAAGCAUUUUGAGUGAAGACGGGGACAUAAUUGAUUGUGUUGAUAUCUACAAACAACCGGCUUUUAAACAUCCAGCUUUAAAGAAUCAUACUAUCCAGAUGACACCGACAAAUGUUUUAAAUAUUGAGAAAAGUAUGAUGAAAAAAACAUUUAAAGAUAUGAAAAAGGAAGACAAUACGAUGACAAUAACAUCACAAUUAUGGCAAAGAAGCGGAAGUUGUCCAAAAGGAACAAUUCCAAUUCGCAGAGUUCAUAAGCGUUUUCUCAAUGUCCAUGGUUAUGGGAGAAAGAGACCUAAUGAAUCGAAGAAUCAAACAACGAUAUUGAAGGACCCAACGAACUCUUUGGCAAAUCAUUCGGUGGCACUUGUACUCACACAGGGUUACAGUUACUCAGGGGCCAAAACCGAUAUCAAAGUGUGGACUCCUUAUGUUGAGAAGGAAGACGAGUAUAGUACUUCACAUGUUCUUAUUCAAAAUGGCGAUGUCGAUGAUUUUGAAAUUGUUGAAACUGGAUGGGCUGUAAAUCCAAGUGUUUAUGGUGAUCACGAAACUCGCUUAUAUGUCUAUUGGACAGCCGAUGGAUCAAUUAAAACAGGUUGUUUUGACAUGACGUGUCCAGGAUUUGUUCAAGUGAGCCAUGAAGUAGCUCUUGGCGCGGCCAUUUAUCCUAUCUCUAACUCCAAGGGCCUUCCCUACCAAAUCACCGUUUACAUUUACAAGGAUCCAAAAACAAACAAUUGGUGGGUGAACUAUGGCGAGUCGAUCAACAUAGGGUAUUGGCCGGGUGAGCUGUUUGUGUUUUUAAAGCACCAUGGGCUCAUGGUGAAGUGGGGUGGCGAGGUGUAUAGCACCAGGGUCAAGACUCACCCGCACACAGCCACACAAAUGGGCAACGGUUACACUCCUUCACCAAUCUUUGAGAACUGUGGGACCAUGAAACGUAUGCGGGUUGAACAAAACUCAGAACCUUUGAUGAUACCCGAAUGGUCCGACACCAUUGUUGAUGAAUAUCGUUGUUAUGAUAUUUUAUAUGAAGUUGAUUAUGUUGAUGAUCCUAUAUUUUAUUAUGGUGGCCCUGGUAGAAGCCCAUGGUGCCCAUAACUGUUACAGACUGUUUGAUAAAAUUGAACCAUUUAAUAGCCUAGAGACUGUAUCAAAUGCGUUGAGUGCCAACCGAUUCAAAAAUUGUGUUGAUGUAGCAGUGUAUUUUCUAUUUUUUUUCCUUAUUAUAGCAUUGCACUUCCACACAUUCAAAUUCAAUAAAUAGCAUAGAAUAUUUGAGCAAUUCAACUUUUUCCAACAUCAUGUAGACCAUGCAUACAUGAUUUGCAUAUCAAAGAUUACACCAUUACAUACAUAUAACAUAUAACAACUUUUCGUGGUGGUGGACCUAAUUAACUAUAAUGAGAAGCUUCAGUCUCUAUAUACAAAGAAGCUAUAUCUAUAUAUAUUUGUUAAUACCACUAAUAUACCAUAUAUAUAUUUCAACAAACAUAAUCAUAAUAGAUUAAUAGCCCACCCCCUUUUGAUUUUUUUUAUAAAAUCAACCAC